GGGGAGGGGGGAUUAGACUAGAUUCGAUCGAAGAAGGAGCCAGAUUGCAGAGAGCUACCACUCUCGAAAUAGCGAGGAGGCUAAAUAUCGAGGGGCGGAUAAGGGAGAUAAGGAAACUAGAAGGCGUGGAAGCUCCGAUAACCAUCGCUUUUAUUCUUGACGAUCGCUAAGGGGAUCAACUAUCCCUCGAUGUGGAAAGAAUAGCAGGAAACCUCUUUUCUCGGCGAUUAAUUAACAAGGAGGCAACCACGAGGAGGACGAUGGCAGAGGGCGGAGGGGCACGAUCAUCGCGACGGGGUCGAUGGAACCAUGGGUGUAUGCACACGCGUGGCGAGAAGAGGGGAAAAAGUGAGCGAACCCAAUGGCGGUGCGCGAGUGAUCGUAAUUGGCCUUGUCUCCUCGCAUGUGAAUAUCAUCAGGAGAAAAUCAGCGGAGAAAAAAGAGACGGCCCAGCAACGGCACAUCGAACGAUGGCAGAGCAACUGUGUGGGUGUUACAUAUGCAACAUCUUCAGUGCUUAGCGACCACAGAAUCGUGAAUAUUAAUCCUACAAAUGAUCCAUUACAAACACAUUUUACCAACAAUCGCGUCAAAUCGCAUAAGUACACAAUAUGGAACUUCAUUCCAAAGAAUUUCUUCGAGCAGUUCCGGCGAAUAGCGAAUUUUUAUUUCCUGCUAACGACAAUAAUCACGCUUACGAUAGACUCGCCUAUUUCGCCCUUAACCAGCGCCCUGCCUUUAUCAUUCGUCAUUCUGGUAACCGCAUGUAAACAGGGAUAUGAAGAUUAUUUGCGCUACAAGACAGAUCAACGAGAUAAUCAGAGAUCAGUUAAUGUCAUUCGCAACAAAUGUACACAGGAUAUAUAUUGCGAGCAAAUAGUGGUAGGUGAUCUCGUAAAAGUAUCUCGGGACGAGGACGUGCCAUGUGAUAUCAUACUUCUUUAUAGCGAGACUCCCGGAUGUUGUUAUGUCACGACAUCUAAUCUCGACGGAGAAACAAAUUUAAAAACGUUGAAUGUUCCGAAAGUGGUCUCGAAGUUGCCGCUUUCGCAUAUAGUGGCUAUGGAAGCGACGAUUACGUGUCAGCAUCCUCUGGCAAAUCUUUAUACCUUCCAUGGUAAGCUUGAGAUUAACAGUGGCAACGAAACAAUAAACGGGCAUUUGACGAUAGAUAAUCUCUUGCUGCGUGGAUCGAGACUAAAAGACACCGAAUAUGUGAUUGGUUGUGCAGUUUAUACCGGUCAGGAUACAAAACUGUCACUUAAUUCAAAGAUAGUCAGUAAUAAAUUUUCAACCGCCGAGAAAUCAAUCAAUAAAUAUCUUAUUGUAUAUGUCGUAAUACUGUUGAUUGAAGUAUUAGUAUCUACUAUAAUGAAGAUAUACGUUGAAUCUUAUGAAAAGUGGGACAGUUAUCUGGGUCCAUCGCCUGAAAUCAAUUUUUCUACGUUGAUUGAGAAUAUUAUGAGCUUUCUUAUCUUAUUCAAUUACAUCGUACCGAUAUCCUUAUAUGUCACUGUCGAGUUACAAAAGUUUCUCGGCUCCUUGUUUUUCGCUUGGGACUUGGAUAUGUACGAUGCGGCCAACGAUCAGCCAGCACUCGCCAACACGUCAGAUUUGAACGAAGAGCUUGGUCAGGUUGAAUAUUUGUUUACUGACAAGACCGGCACGCUUACUGAAAAUUUGAUGGUGUUCAGACGUUGCUCGAUCGACGGCAACAUAUACAUGGAAAAAGAUUGCGAUGGGAAUCUUUAUCUAUUGCCAUCAAGCGGGAACGAAGAUGAAGCUGUCAAACUAACGUCAUGGGAGGAGAACAUCUGGCACUUUAUGAUAAGUAUAUCGCUAUGUCACAUGGUCCAAAUCGCGCCGCCGAGCCUACGUCCAGAAAUGAUAGCUAAACGCAUUUCAUUCCGCGAAAGCUUCAGAUUAAAAAAAAUCACGAGGGUCAACAGUUCGUUGAUGAUGCAUCCGGAUUUACCGCAAUAUCAGGCAGCAUCGGCAGAUGAGAAGGCACUAGUGGAGGCAAGUGCCAGAUGCGGUGUUAUUUUUCAGAAGGGUACUAACGAGGCAAUGUACAUCCGGAUUAACAAAAACAUGAUGAUUUUCCAAAAAUUGGAGAUACUAGAGUUCACUUCUGAACGAAAGAGAAUGUCAAUAAUAGUGAAAGAUUCGGCAAAUGAUAUUUGGUUGUAUUGUAAGGGUGCGGAUUCGGCUGUUCUUCCAUUGAUCGUACAAGGGAAAAUUCAAGAAGCUUCCCUUCAUGUCGCCGAUUUCUCCAUGAGAGGUUUGCGAACAUUGGUUAUAGCGUACAAAAAGAUGGAUCAAUCUGAAUACAAUAGGCUAUCGCAAAACAUCGAGCAGGCGAGACAAAUAAUCGGGACGGAGAGAGAAACGUACAUGACACGUGCGUACAAUCUUAUGGAAAGCGAACUCACCUUGCUCGGAGUAACUGCAGUGGAAGAUCGUCUGCAAGACGACGUGCAAGAGACCUUGGAAUGCUUACGAGUCGCUGGAAUCAAAAUAUGGGUACUCACCGGAGAUAAAGCAGAAACUGCGGAGAACAUUGCUUUUCUCUGCGGCCACUUUAAAAAGGGUACUGAAGUUUUAAGACUAAUGGAAGAAACUUCAGGACAAUCUUGUUUCCUUAUAUUAACUACUUUCGACCGCAAAAUAAAAUUGGAACCGCAUAAGCAAUAUGGUUUGAUAAUAGAUGGUACGAGCAUGGCGGCGACCUUACGUAAUUGCCCUGAAUUAUUGAAGUCCAUCGGAAUGGCCUGUGAAGCGGUUGUCUGUUGUAGAUUAACGCCAUUGCAAAAGAGCGAGAUCGUGCAUCUGAUAAAAACUGCACAAAGUCGGCCACACACCGCAGCCAUUGGCGAUGGCGGUAACGAUGUCUCGAUGAUACAGGAAGCUCACGUGGGAAUCGGAAUAUUGGGAAAGGAAGGUCGACAGGCGUCGAUAUCCGCCGACUUUGCCUUCACAAAGUUUAUGUAUCUGAAAAAAGCGUUGUUAGUGCACGGCCAUUGGUAUUAUUUGCGCAUCAGCAUCUUAAUGCAGUAUUUUUUCUACAAAAACGUGGUAUUCAUAACGCCGCAGGUGUUAUUCGGCGUUCACAACGGUUUCUCCACCCAGGAACUGUAUGACGGUAUAUUUCUAAUGUGUUUUAACUUGUUAUUCACGUCAUUACCAAUAUUGCUGUAUGGAUUAUUUGAACAGAAUCACAGUGCGAAAAAGCUUAUGCGACAUCCGUACUUGUAUAAACUUAAUAAAAGAAAUUACUUAAUGUCGAGAAAACAGUUCAUGGUAUGGUUGCUUUUAGGAUUAUGGCACACAGGAAUAACAUAUUUUACAGUAUAUUGUAUUUCAUACAUCAAUCCGACAUAUUUAUACGAUAAUACGCCGGUUGGACACUGGACUUUUAGUACAUGCAUUUUUCAUAUAGUCACUUUGCUAGCAAAUCUACAAAUUUUGUUGCGUAGCUCAUAUUGGACAUUUCCAUUAAUUUUAAGCAUAAUACUUUCCGAAUUAGUAUUCUUCCUAAGCGCAUUUUGUUAUUCAGUUAUAAAUGUGAAAUACGAUGGUGAUAUGUUUGGGGUUUUCUAUAGAUUAUUAAUGUCACCCUCGUUCUGGUUAAUUACUAUAAUCGUAGUCGUUAUAUGCUUAAUACCUGAUUAUUUAUUACUCACAUAUGACACUUAUAGACCAAUGAAAAUUCUACGAAGAAACGAGGAACCCCCACAACCUCUCAAUUGUAGCGACCACGACAGCGAACGCAGUUCUUCGCAAGCGGGAUAUCGCAUGUUUCCAUGGAGAGGUAGUCUUUCGUUUCAAAAAACGGAAUAAUAUGCUGGCAAAACUGUUGCUUCGAUAUUCCUCGCUCCAGUAUUAGUCAUGCAAAUAAAGAAGUCUAAUGAUUAUUUUAGCAUCUUAUUUUCUUUCAUAUCAGUGAUAUAAUUUAAGUUGCUGAUACGACUAAUUUUAUUACCAAAUGAACUUAGCCGUUAUUUACAUAUGUAUAUACUGGCAAAAUCGGUUAAAAUUCCGAUAUAAACUACAUGAUAAGUUAUAUCGCUAUCAUUUUUUUCAUUUCUGCAAUCUUUAAACAAGCCUGAAAAUUUAUAUAUACCAAAAUUUUCUGUAUUUACUAAUAAUGUAAAAAUAAAUCUAAUAUAUAUAAUAUAUUAAUAACAAAAUAGGAAAAAAAUGCUCUUUUGCAAGUAUUAAAUUAAACACUAUUUUCGCAAUUAUUAAGACCAUCACAAAAUACUAGUCGUUAUAAUUAACAUAUGUACAAAGAUAGAUAACGAUAUAUGUAUUAUAAAGGCUCACAUACGAUAUAUGUGUAUACAAGUUUAGAUAAAUAAUGAUUACAAGAAAAUAAAUAAAUAAUCAUUAUUUGUAGAAAAUUUACAAACAGAUAUAUUUAAAAUGUAGUUACAAUUAGUGUACAGUUUGACUAAAUCAGCGAGUUCUUAACGAAUUCUUUGGCAAAAACAAGUAUUUAUAAUUAAAUAAUUUUAUAAGAAAGUUCCGUGAGAAAUAAGUAAUUAAGCUUGUGUACGAUACCUCUAUCAUAAUAUAAUAAUAUUAUGUGUUAAAUAUCAAUAUUGUUCUUAUACAUAUAAUGAUUAAGAUAAAAAAUGUAUGCGAUAAGCAAAUAGCAAAACUGUGAUUUUUUCCCGAUAAACCCCAAUAAAUCCCGAUAAACUUCAUUUUGUCGCGAGGUAUAAAAUUUCUUAAUAUAUAAUUUCAUGUAUAUAUAUGAAUUGUAUAUAUGAUUUAUAAGAAAUAUGAAGUGUACCUUAUGAUCAAUGUAUGUAUGUAUAUAUGCGCGUAAUAUUUAAUGCACUUAAGAAAUAUGUGAAUUUUUUACUUGCACUAUGUCUGGAUUUAUUUAAAAG